ACAUUAACACUAAUGGAAUGUUGUAUAAUUUUGGGGUUCUCAAUAUUUACUGUAAAUUAAUAAAACAUAAGUAAUAUGCAAGUCCAAUAUAUAUGCUUAUUGUAAAAUAUAAAAUAAUUAUUAGAUAAUAAGAUGUAUUAGAAGAUAAAACAAAACGUCAAAAGAACAAGUGGUUUUUUACUCCUGUAUUAACUCCUGAGACGUCUCAAUUCUUUCCACUCGUCAGCUGACCGAUCAUCGAUGUUUUGACAGUAAGACGUUAGACUCUUGGAGCUCUCUAAACAAUAAAUUACAGAAUUCACUUGAAUGUAGGUUAGUUGAGGUUAUGUUUACGUGUACCCAAUACGACUGUCAUUGAGAUUCUUAGACCUAGACUAUGUGUGGAAUAUUUUGUUCUGUAUACAGAAGCAAUGAAAAUCCCUUACAAUGCUGUGAACAAAUCAGGGAGCAUCGUGGUACUCAUAACAAUUCUAUUAAAGAAACACUUGGUCGGAGAGGGCCUGAUGCUAUGGAGCAAAUUACAAGAGUACUGACCAAAAAUUGGACUGCAACCAUAUUAGGUAGUGUCUUGUGGACUCAAGGGGUUCAGCUCAAAUCUCAACCUCUUCAAGACAGUGAUGGCAACUAUCUGUUGUGGAAUGGCGACAUUCUUUUUGGACAGUUGGAGAGGGACGAACCUUGUGAUAGUGAAGUGGUGUUCGAGCGGUUGAAGUCAGACCCUCUCACUGCUGUCACAGAAGUCGGAGGACCAUUUUCCCUGGUAUUCUGGCACAGUGAGUCACGACAGUUGUGGUUUGGGCGUGAUGUGUUGGGCCGCCACAGUCUGCUCUGGAGUGUCUCUUCUCGCCACCUCUUACUGACUUCAGCAGCUCACAGACAGUCAGAUCUGGAAGAGGUGCCUGCUCUGGGACUCUUCAUGGUUGAUCUCUCUAGCAGUCAGAAUAUUGCUAUUCAGUUUUUCCCUUGGGCUCAUCUGACAAUAAGUUUUUCCACAAUGUCCAAUGUUCCUGUGGAAGAAAAAUGUGAGUUGGUCCAUGCAGAAAUGGGAAAUGGCUCUAGUCAAAGAUCAUGGCUGGGUCUGGAGCCUGAGGAGGAGGAAUUGGCUGUGUACAAAAGUGAUUACACACUGGAGAGACUACUGCAGGAGCCCACAGUGCUGGAGAGAGUGGAGAAACUUCUAGAAGUGCUAACUCUUGCGGUAGAGUGUAGAGUCAGGAAACAACCUGGUGUGUGUAAAGACUGUGUGAGAGAGUUAGAGAAGUCAACUAACGAUUAUUUAUCUGAGAACAAGAUCUGUUCACAGUUCAGUUGUCAGCAUGAUAAGGACUGUAAACUGAAGUGUGAGAAUUGUUCAAAAGAAACAUUUAGUGUUGAGAAAAAGAGCUUUGAAGAAAAUUGUAAUCACUGCCAAUUAACUUGUAAACAUUGCAGUCUAGCUGUGUUGUUCUCCGGGGGUCUGGAUUCUACAAUUCUUGCUCUCUUGGCAGACAAGUUUACCUCGAAAAACAUCCCUAUAGACUUAUACAAUGUUGCAUUUCAACAAAGCAAAGACAGUUUCCAAGUGCCUGAUCGAGUAACUGGGUCUUCUUCUUUAGAAGAAUUGAAAAAACUUGCCCCAGACAGAACUUGGAAUUUUGUCCAGAUAGACAUUAGUCAGGAGGAAUUGGCAUCACUGCGCAGUUCAAGAGUGGCAGACUUGAUCUAUCCGUUGACGUCAGUGCUUGAUGAUAGCCUCGGUUCAGCCUUGUGGUUUGCAGCUCGAGGCCAAGGCCACUUAAAUGGUCAACCUUAUAUUUCUCCAGCAAGGGUGGUGCUAUCAGGACUGGGAGCUGAUGAGCAGCUAGGAGGCUAUACCAGACACCGCAACACUCUGAGACAUUCAGGACAGUGGGCAGCCCUAGGUCUAGAGUUAGUUGCAGACACUGAUUGUAUCGCCCGUCGCAACUUAGGCCGCGACGACCGUGUGGUGUGCGACCAUGGCCGACAGUUACGAAUCCCCUUCCUUGAUGAGCGAGUUGUCUCCUACAUUAACACUCUGCCCCCCUGGCACAGAUGUCAACCCACCCCUGAGGGCCCCCCAGGACUAGGAGACAAGCUCUUACUGCGUCUGCUAGCUCGUAGAUUGGGACUCGAGGCUGCAGCUGUGUUACCCAAGCGAGCCUUGCAGUUUGGUUCACGCAUCGCUAACAGGAAAGAAAAGGGAAACCAAAUCUCUCAGAGAUUAUGAAAUAAAUUUUUCUAUAGCUUA